CCUAGUCUGUAAGCCAUAGUUGUCAAACUGAUCUGGACGUCUCACCGAAAGGACAUGGAACGAAGGGAAUCCGAAGACGAACAUGAUGUUCCACUGCCCGAUACUGACGGGCCUUAUGCUACAAAGAAGUCGUCUGCAGGAACCAUGGGCUCCGGUGGGAAACAUUCCGGGGACUUGCCGCAGCAUGACAAGUCCGGAACGGGCGGCAAAAAAUCUGCAAGGAAAGGGACGAGCAGUACGAAAGAGAUCACGAAGACAUCCAAGGGUAGGGUAUCCUUGCCAGCAGAACCAUCUAAUCAAGUUGACCAGCCACCCGGAAAGAAGACUAAAAAAAAGUCGAAAGAAGGGGCAAGCAGCGGUAGCAGGAAAUCUGCCAAAUCAGGUCGCACAGGCACCAAAGAGAACACGAGACAUCCUCAAGAAAGCCUGUCCCCAAAGAACCAGGAGAACCUGCAUGCACAACCUGAACCAUCUAAUCAAAGAGAAGAUCCCGAAACAGUCUUUCCUACCCCUGAACCUGUCACCCAUGGGAUGACAACGCGGAUGAAUUACUUUGCAGGUGAAAUCGAACGUUUGAACCAGAGACUUGCAGAGGCGAGUCCUUCGCCGAAAGAACAACUCGCAAUGCAAAAGAAAGCCACUGAAAAAGACCCAACAGCACCCGCUGGGAAAGAGAUCGCAUCAAGAAAGGCUUCCAAAUCCAACAGGAAGAUAGUGUUCAUCGGUGUCUUCGUCGUACUUCUGCUUUGCGUAACACUUGCUGGUUUGAAAAUCUACAAGCAUUAUCAGAAGAGGUUGAGUGAAAGGAAGAUGAUAGAAUGCAUAACACCGAUAUGCAAACGAAUUCAAGAAAAAGUUGAGGAGCAACUGGACAAGAACAUCCAUCCGUGCGACAACUUCUACGGCUACGUUUGCAAGAAAUGGGCAGCACUGCCACGUGGACUGGUACCAAAAGGAUUUUUAGACGAUGUCUUCGAGAUGUACGAUCACACACUCGUCGCCAGUCUGACGUCACCCAACAGCAAGAAACCUGACAAGUACGGCUUGCACGUGAUGGCCACAUUGUUUGACGUAUGUCGCGGCUACAUGACCAGCAAAGAGGGCACAUUUGAAGACGCGGUCCCACUAGUCAUCGACCUGCUUCAGCUUGAAGACCUACGAAACAGGACAGGACCAUUCGAAUUCCUUCUUCAUAUGUCCCUGAAGAACAACAUCCACUCGGUGUUCAGGGUACGCUUUAGUCGUAGCGGGAAGGUGACUCACUUACUAUUCGACCGCGGGUACUCUAUUCAUGCAAAAAUAUUUCAAAUUGUGAGGGACAGUGCAGCAGACACUAGCAACGACACUAUGUUUCAGAGCGAAGUAAUGAAGCCAAUGAUCGCAAAGUUGUUGAAGGACAGCCGGAUAAAUUCUAGAAUCGAACCGGAUAAUAUAAUACAAACUGAUGUUCUUGUUCACCAGCUGCUCUAUGCAAAAUCGGCAGACAGAAAAUAUUGGAAUUUCAGCGAAAUUUCCAGGCUGGCAUCUGAACAUACGGCACAGACUAUUGUAGAUGCCAUCAACAAGGUUGUUCCCUCCGAUUUUAAAGUCGGCUUGAGAAGCCCCGUAGAGGUUGUGGGCCUCAAUUCGUUAUUAAGAAUCCGCUCUCUUCUUGCAAACGAAGAGGUGAGGAGGACAUACCACAUCGUCAACCUCGCAUCAGGCCUCCUGAGUUUCACGGCGUACAAGAACAUGGCCAAAGAAAGUCCUGCACUCGUUCCUUUCAUGUGCCUUCGCGCUACAAGAAUAGCGCUAACGAAUACCUGGCCAUUCCUAGUUGCCCGACUAGUCGGACAUUUCAGCAGCGGAACAACAGCGGGAGAGCUCGCGACGCGUAUCAGGAACCUGGCCCUGGCCGAGACUGUUUUCGAGGGAUUUGACACGCUUCAGCGAAAAAGUGGUAAAGACAUACUGAAGAGUACGACCUUAUUUACCUACGACGGUGAGGAGCUGUCCGCGCUAGAAAGCACAGACUACACGUCUUGGAGACUGAAAGGUACAGAGGCGUUUUCGGUAUUUGUUGAAGCAGGAAAAAAGGAGAGGGAGAUGCUCUACAAGUCCUAUGCCCUUCAGGAAGUUGUCAAGGCGAGCAAGAACCAACUGACAAAGCGACUCAAGUUUACUGAACGUGACGGAUUUCUGACUGUCCCUACGGCAUAUCAAAACCCACCGCUUUUCUACUACGAAGAGGUCAAGGAGAUUCCGUACUACAUCAAUGACGCAACACUCGGGGCCUGCAUUGCGAAGGAAAUGGUACGUGCUCUAACAGCUAGGUUUAAACCGUCCAACAGAACGACACGCAGUUUUGAAGAGUCUCUGAAAUGUGCGAAGAAGGUUGCAGCAGCGCAGGGGUUAAGCGCGUACACCAGUAGAGAAGACCUGCGUGAAAGCGAAGCAGUCAUGUGGUACUACGCGUUCCGCAUUCUCUACGACGGCGUGAGGCGUACAGUUACAAAGGCAGGCGAAUCCCUCACUGGACCCGUUUGGAGAGAAACUCAGCGCUACUUUUUCAUUCGCUUCUGCAUGCUGGCGUGUACUAACAAAGACGAAGACUCCUCGGGAGAGUUUCCGGUGCAUUUCAAAGAACGCUGUCUCGUUCCAGUUCUGAGUAACGCGGACUUUGCCACUCAUUUCGGUUGCACGGGCAGGCUAGCGUUCAAAACUGACCAAUGCGUUUCCGAGCAGCGCUGAAUUGUUAAAUCUCUGUAUAAUUCCAUGUGAUACUAAUUGGAUAUUUCACGAAGCGUACGAUUUUCCUGGCGUGUGGUUAAACACGCUCUAUAUCAGUCCAAUUGUUGUCUAAUUAAAAAUGUUUAGUAUCGUAGUAUUGUCUGUUCUACUCAUUGGCCUUGCACUAUACGCAGUGCAA